AUGUCUUUAUUGAAGCCUUUACAUGUGUUUAAGGCAGCGAAUAAAUGUCUGAACGUAUGUAACAAUAAUUUAAAUAAAGCUUGCUAUUCAACGAAAGAAUCAUUUCUAAGCGGUACAAAUGCAAACUUUCUUGAAAAUCAAUACUUAGACUGGGCGCAGUCUAAGGGAUCAAUUGAUUCUUCUUGGGACAGUUUCUACGACAGUCUUUGUGGCAAUGCGCUGAAGAUAGAAGAUGUUGAAGAUGAGUUUGCUCCACGCCAAAAAAGCUCAGAAAAAAGUUCUGGAAAAGAUGUCACUCAGGAACAAAUAAGGCUUCAUUUAGCGGUUCAAAACUUGAUAAGAAGUUACCAGACUAGAGGCCACCUCCUGGCGAAAACUGACCCACUGGAACUAACGUUGCCGGCUAGAAUGCUCAACAUAGCGGGGAAGUUACCGCUCGAUACUAAAGUCUUGGAUAGUCACAUAGUUGCUCGGGAAUUAGGCGGCGUCCUGACCGAAAAACAUAUGGACAUGGUGUUUACAUUACCCGACCGCACAUUUAUUGGAGGCAAUGAGAAAGCGCUACCCCUCAGGGAAAUAAUUCGUCGAUUGGAGCACGUGUAUUGCGGAUCUAUAGGAUUGGAGUAUAUGCAUGUUUACGAUAUAGACGCUGUGCAGUUCCUCAGGAAACGUGUAGAGACACCGGGUGCUUAUGAUAGGACUCCGGAGGAGAAAAAAUUGACCAUGAAACGCCUCACCAAGGCUGUGUUCUUGGAAAAAUACUUUGCCACGAAGUGGCCAGCGGAGAAGCGAUUCGGUUUGGAAGGCGGUGAAAGCAUGAUUGUCAUGCUGGAGGAGAUCGUUGACACCGCAUCCCGACUUGGAGUCAAGUCUAUUGUCAUUGGCAUGCAGCAUCGAGGUCGUUUAAAUAUGUUGGUCAACGUGUGCCGAAAGCAGUUGGUUGAUAUUUUUGCGCAGUUUAAACCCAUGCAACCCAAGGAACCGUUCCACAACGGUAUUUGGACAACACCCGACUUGGACAACAACACCCGACUUGGACAACAACACCCGUUUUGGACAACACCCGUAUUGGACAACACCCGUAUUGGACAACACCCGACUUGGACAACACCCGACUUGGACAACACCCGACUUGGACAACAUCCGACUUGGACAACAUCCGACUUGGACAACAUCCGACUUGGACAACAUCCGACUUGGACAACAUCCGACUUGGACAACAUCCGACUUGGACUACAUCCGACUUGGACAACAUCCGACUUGGACAACAUCCGACUUGGACAACAUCCGACUUGGACAACAUCCGACUUGGACAACAUCCGACUUGGACAACAUCCGACUUGGACAACAUCCGACUUGGACAACAUCCGACUUGGACAACAUCCGACUUGGACAACAUCCGACUUGGACAACAUCCGACUUGGACAACAUCCGACUUGGACAACAUCCGACUUGGACAACAUCCGACUUGGGUCCGGUGACGUGAAGUAUCAUUUGGGUACACACAUACACCGCUUUAUUCGUCGCACAAACAAGUACAUAAAAGUGUCCAUGAGUGCCAACCCAUCUCACUUAGAAACAGUCGGCCCUGUAGUUGCCGGUAAGACGCGAGCUGAACAAUUCUUCAAAGGUGAUAAUGGGGAUACGGUAAUGGCCAUUAUAAUGCACGGCGACGCGGCUGUUGCCGGUCAAGGCGUAGUAUAUGAAACUGCGACUCAGACUAACCUACCUGCUUUCACCACUCGUGGUUGCUUACAUAUUGUAUGUAAUAAUCAGAUCGGUUAUACUACCGACCCUAGAUUUUCCAGAAGCUCCCCAUAUUGUACAGAUUUGGGAAAAGCCAUCGACGCUCCAAUUCUGCACGUGAACGGUGAUGAUGGCGACGCAGUGGCCUUUGUAGCGCGUGUCGCUAUAGAAUACCGUUGCAAAUUCAAGAAGGAUGUUAUGUUGGAUCUAGUUUGUUACCGUCGUCACGGUCACAGCGAGGAAGAUGAGCCAAUGUACACACAACCCUUUAUGUAUAAGAAAAUCAAAAGCAUGCCUACCGUCGAUGUCGUAUAUUCUAACAAGUUAAAAGCCGAAGGUGUGGCGUCUGAUACGGAUAUCAAAGUGUGGCAGAAAGAGUACAUGGAUACAUUAAAUGAACACUUUGAACUCGCCAAAAAGGUUACCAAACUCAGCAUCAUGGAUUGGAUAGACACGCCCUGGACUGGAUUCCUUGAGUCUGUGGAUCCUAAUGUGAUAAAAGAAACGGGCAUAUGUCAGACGACAAUAAAUACGAUAGCCAACCACUUUGCUUCACCUCCAGAGAAAUGGGCUUUCGAGCUUCACAAAGGCUUGGAGAGGAUGUUGGCUGCCCGACAGAAAAUGGUGAAAGAAGGCAUAGCUGAUUGGCCGAUGGGCGAAGCGCUAGCGUAUGGCUCUCUUCUGAGAGAUCAGAUUCAUAUCAGGUUUACGGGUGAAGACGUCGAGAGAGGCACCAUGGCGCACAGGCAUCACGUCUAUCACCACCAAGGCGUAGAUGGCGCCACAUACCGUGUGCUUGACACCGUGUAUCCUGACCAAGCAAUAUACUCACUUCACAACAGUGCUCUGUCGGAAUAUGGCACAGUUGGAUUCGAAGUAGGCUACUCGUACGCAAGUCCGCACUUACUGACCAUCUGGGAAGCUCAGUAUGGUGAUUUCGCUGAUACUGGCCAACCUAUAUAUGACACUUUCAUCGCCAACGCCGAGAGCAAAUGGAUGUGUCAAUCUGGCGUUGUCAUACAUCUGCCGCACGGCAUAGAUGGCGCUGGCCCUGAGCACUCGUCAGGUCGUGUAGAGAGAUACCUCCAGCAAUCGGAUGAUGACGAAGAUGUCGUUCCUAAUUUAGAUGAUAAAUUGAUGCCACUGAAACAGCUCCGAACAGCAAAUUGGAUCGUCGCCAACGUGACUAAUCCAGCGAACUACUUUCAUCUGAUACGGCGUCAGCUUGCGUUGCCGUUUCGCAAACCGCUCAUACUGUUCACGCCCAAGAUCGGCUUGAAGCACCCAUACUACAGAUCGAAAUUUGCGGAUUUCUUACCGGGAACAGCAUUUAGGAGGGUGAUUCCAGAAGAUGGACCUGCAAGUAAAAACCCCAAAGAUGUCAAGAAACUGAUAUUCUGCUCUGGCAAUGUAGCUAUCAAAAUUUCCGAAGUCGUUAAAGAGAAAAAACUUGAAAACCAGAUCGCCAUGUGUCGUAUCGAGCAAUUGUACCCCUUACCUUACGACCUGAUACUCAAGGAGUUCUGCAAGUAUGAACAAGCGAAACUGUGUUUCUGUCAAGAAGAACACAAGAAUCAAGGCCCCUGGCCAUUUUGUAGAAACAGGAUAGAGAAUUUGCUUGGGAAGAAAAUUCAUUAUAUUGGAAGAGCCGCUAGUCCAGCCUCAGCGACUGGUAUAAAAUGGCUACACCAGAAAGAGUUAAAGGAACUUAAAGAGGCCAUUGUAGCUUUGUGA